CGAUACUUUUUUUCAAUUAGUUUGAUGACUUCCGGGAAAAAAUAAAAGCAAAGUAAAGAAAAUUUUGCCACAAGUUUUAACCAUGGAUGAACCCAUGGAUGCAGAGGCUGACUCAACACAACCAGAGCUAGGCAAAGAAAAUGUGUCCCAAGCUGAAGAACAUCCACUUCUGCGACCUGGUAGUAUGGUGAUGAUGACCUUGACUCCUGGUGAUUACGAAUCUCAAUACUGGCCAAAAUUAGAAGAGGCAAUAAAUCAUUUGCUAACUAUGGCACCAGGUCAAGGAAUACCUAUAUCAUAUGAACAAAUGUACAGCUGUGUAUAUAAAUGUGUAUGUAAACAAUUUUCUGAAAGGUUGUACUCAGAUCUGAUGCAGUACAUGUCAAAAUAUCUUGAAGGAAAAAAUGAGGAAUUCCAGGCAUGGGAGAAAGAAGAUGGGAGACAAUUUUUAGAGAAAUAUUAUUCUGUAUGGAAUCAAUAUCAACAGGCAUUAUCUGGUAUUGUUCCAAUAUUUAACUAUAUGAAUAGAUAUUAUGUAGAAUCAAAACUGAAGACAAAUUUACAUACAGAAUUAAAGAAAUUGUUCCGAAAGCACAUUUUAGAAAAGCAUCUAGCACACUUAUUUUCUGUCCUUGAAGAAAGCAGUAACACACCUUUUAUAAUUCCUCCAGCCUUGAUGUGUAAUACAAUACAAAGUCUUCAUUCCAUUAAUCCAGAAUAUGCAACUUUAAAGCCUGAAUUAUUUUCCCGAUUUAUUCCAAAUGUUCUACCUCAUACAUCAGUUACAGAAUUAGACAGAUAUAUAGAAGAAACACAAAAUAUGCAAAUAGAAAUGAGAAAAUUAGAUGGUUUUAAUUCAUGUGAGUCAACGAGAAAACGGUACAGAGAAGAAGACGGACCUGUGAAGUGAUAAACGGAUACAAAAUAUCCAUCCAUUCAUCUGUGAUCAUUUUUAUCUUUUAGAUGUAUUGCUUGCACUGUGACCAUUCUCUAAAAAUCCAACCAUAUAAUGCACUUUUGACAUCUGAACUAUAUAAUUAUUGAUUGGAAAUCCAACAACAUCAAAUGACCAAGGAUGCAGCAUAUAUAAAAUCAUGUUAUUAUGUAAAUACUAUUUCGGACAAAGCAAAAAACUCCAAUGUAAUUGUGACCAAGAACAAGAAAUGUUUAUUAUAAUCCUUUAUAUCAUUAUGUACAUGGACUUUAUACAGAAACUUGUGUGGUAAUGAAAAAUAAACUGAAUGGUCAAUAAAAAGACCUGUGUGCUAUUUUUACUUGUCAAUAAGUACAGUGAUAUUUAGAGUUUCCAUUAUGACAUUAAUUAUAAACAUCUGAUGCUUGUGAAUAUGUGAAUAUUUUUUAUUAUAAUAUAUUAUGUUUAUAUAGAUUGAAAAUGAAUACAAUACAUGGCUUUUCCUAAAACAAAAAAGGUUGUUUUGCUUCUAAAAAUUGAUGUAAACAUUGAUGUGAAAAAAAACACUUGACCUUCUUAAUAAGUGUUCUGGGUAGCCAGCUGUUCCAUCAGACAGUCGCUGCCUAUCACACCUGUCACACCUGAUAUUACUACAAUAUGUAUUUGAGUCCCCUUACAAUCACUUAAAAAACAAAGGUUUACUUGAUAUGUUGGUAUGUGAUGCAGUCUGCUUAUUGUUUAUACCAAAGAAUCUGCUAUUAUCAUAUCAAUGCCAGAAAAGUUCCAAUUCUUAAAGUCAUACGAUACUUCAAAUUAUAAAAAAAAGUUGAUUAUGUUUAACAUACUUAAAAUUGAGAAUGGAAAUGGGGAAUGUGUCAAAGAGACAACAACCCGACCAUAGAGCAGACAACAGCCGAAGGCCACCAAUGGGUCUUCAAUGCAGCGAGAAACUCCCGCACCCGGAGGCGUCCUUCAGCUGGCCCCUUAACAAAUAUGUAUACUAGUUCAGUGAUAAUGGACGUCAUACUAAACUCCAAAUUAUACACAAGAAACUAAAAUUAAAAAAGAUACAAUACUAACAAAGGCCAGAGGCUCCUGAAUGGCUAAGUUGUACUAUAAAACAUGUGUACAUGAACUUUCUUUUAAAAGAAAAUCCUUUAUCUUAUCAAAAUCUUCUGAAAAAUACUGCUAUUGAAGUAUUGUCUUCUGAUACUCUAAUUCUCCAAUAGCUUUAUGGUAUGCAGUGACCUUAACCAUGAGACUUCUCGUUAGUACUUGGCCACAGUGCAAGUGCUAGGGGAAAACCAUGAAGAAAAGGUAAAAAAACCAGGAAGUAAGAUAGUGUUAAUUGAUUCUAAAAAUUUUAACACACCAAAUCAAAUAACAACUGUAAUGACAAACUUUUAAGUAACAAAUAGAAACCAAUGGCGGAUCCAGAACUUUUUAUAAGGGGGGCCCACUGACUGCCAUAAGAAGGGGCCCACUACAGUCAUGCUUCAGUGAUUCCCUAUAUAAUCAACCAAAUUUUUCCCAUAAAAGGGGGUACCUGGCCCCCCCCGAAUCCACCUAUGGAAAAGCAUGAAAAAUGCAUAAAAAAUUAAAAAUCACUCUAUUGCAUCAUGCAAAAUUUAUAUAUGUCCGGAAUAUAUGACCAUUUUGGAAGCCAUGAUUGCAUGUGUAUUAUAUAUAUAUCUUCCUUAUUUUUCAUGUGCUCCAUAAUUCUGUGUUGGAUUGUUUAUUAAGGUCACAAUUGAUUAACUUCAGCAAUAAAACCAGAAAGUUAAUAAGCAUGCAAAGUUUUCACUGAAUGAUAUAUUUUUUGUCAAUUACAAAUUAUGGAUUUGUAAUAAAUGUACAAAAAUCAUGCUAAAAGGACUUAGUUUAGUAUAUAUACAUGCAUUGGUUCAAUAAUUUCCGUAACAUUGUAAUUUCAACAAAAUCGAUUCAUAUGACUUUAAUAGAAAAAUAUAAAUGUGCAGUUGUUUUAAGAAGCCAAUAUUUACUUUGUUGAAUAUAUUAAAAACAGUUUGUAAAUAACAUUCAUGCAGAUAUGAAACUAAUAGGAUAGUUUGAUGCUAUUAUUUGAAUAUACCUUUGAAUUGUAUGUUUGUUAUUACAUUUUUUUUUCUGCUGUUCUGGGAACUUAUAUGUUAGUUUACACUCAUGUUAUGUUUUGUUCAUAGAGUUAUAUCCUUCAUAUUAAAUUAAGUGUUACUAACAGUAUCGUCAAUAUAGUAUUAACGUUAGUGUGACUGUAUUGUUAAAUAAACUCAUUCAAAGGAUAGUAUAUGAUAAGAGCAAUCUGACCAAUGGAAUUCAAGAAAUAGUAAAGAUCUGCAAAUCUUUCAAAAUUGUGAUAGAACUACUGAUUAAAUGAAUAGGAACUUAAAGUCUGCACUCUUUAGAACAGAAUUAUUUAUAUUUGAUGUCACUAUCUGACUAUAUACAUGUAGUAUGGGUUUCGCUUAUUGUUGAAAACCAUACUUUAGUUGCUUACAUCAAUGGCUGGCAUUUGGACUCAAAUGGAUAGUUGUCUCAAUGGCAAUCAUAUGAAUAUGCUACACAUAGUAUGGGCAAAAUUAGAUAAAAAUCAAGGCCUUACUCAGAAACAUAUUUUAUUAACAAAAAAAUCUUUGUAUGGGAAAUCUUGUAGAAAAAUGUAGUUUAAAGUUUGACCUUGAUUCAUACCUAAAUAUAUAUUACAAUACAAGUGUGCGCUUUAUUGAAUACAGAUGGUUGUUAUGUACAAGACGUUAUAGUUUAUUACUUUAAAUUUGAAACUUAAUAGAUAGUAAUAACAGAACAUUCAGCAUUAUAAAUCUUAUGCCUACAAAAUGUUCUUAGUAGCAAGGUUCUUGGGGUAAUAGUUUUCAAUUUAAAGCAAGAACUUUGAUGGCCUUAAGUAAAUAUGUAUGAAAAUAUCCAUUAACAUAAACACUGAAUAUAUAAAAGACAUGUUUUUGAACAUGUGAAAAAAAGAAGAUUUAAGAGUCAAAUCCUUGAAACUAUAAACUUUUAGGAAAUGAUAAUAUCACCUUUAAUGAGAAUGGUUGAGACAAAUUUUCAAACAAACCUACCACAUUUACUAAAAAUAGAAAAUGAGACAAAAUUUUUAUUUUUAAAAGUAAAGGCUAUUUACUUCAAUUUGUUUCAGGAAAACAAGAUACUGAAUAUUUUAGAUUAUAAAUCGAUGACCCAACGGCCAACAAACUUGGCGUACUGACAUUAUUUAUAAUCACAAUCAUGUUAAGGUUCAAUUGCUCUUAAGUUAACGGAAGACCUUUUUUUUAAAAGAAAACCUGAAGGCUAUUAUAGAAUAACUUGUAAUAAAAUGAUAGUUCAUAAAGAUAAACUAUAUUAGGUUGAAGAUGGUUCGUCAUGAGAAAGAUGCCAUGUGAACAACAGAUGCUCUUUGUGUUCUUUAGUUCUUUGUAUUUACUUUAUUGAAGACAUAGAUUAUCAUUACAAAUUGUACACCCAUAAGAAAUGUUUACUUUUUUCAAAUAUGUCUUUUUCAAUCUAUUGUUUGCAUAUUCCAAAGUAGAAUGUGAAUGUGUAGGCAUUAAUCUUUUAUGGAGGAAUAUAUGUGUUAACAUUGUAGUGUAACAAUGGCUAUGAAAUAAGAUUAAUGAUAUGAAUGUCAAAGCAUGGAAAUGACUUGAUGCUGUAUGACAAAGAAAUAACAAAAAGACAUUGUUAUAGUAUCUGAAAAUUGUUAUUGUUAUUAACAUGAAAUAAA